AUGACUGUUGCAAAAAAAUUUAAACCUCCCCAACGGCUCUUGCACUGGAACGCCGACGAGGACGUUGAAGAGAUUAGCCGCUAUACUUAUGGGGGCUAUCACCCCAUCCAGUUUGGAGAAGUAUUGUCAACGCCCGCAGAUACCGAACCAAGCAAUUCUCGUAAGUAUCGCAUACUCAGUAAGCUCGGUCAUGGCUCUUUUUCCACCGUAUGGCUAGCGUCUGCGCAGCAUCAUUCUGCAUCCGGACACUAUUUUGCAAUCAAAGUCUGCGUUGCCGAUGCCGAUCCUCAGCGUGAACUAGAUGUUUUUAGACGGCUCCCCAGCGAUGAAGGGCGCCAUGUGCUACGGCUUCAUGACAGCUUCACAAUUGAUGGCCCUAAUGGCACACACGCCGUACAUGCUUUCAAUGUUCUUGGUUCAUUCCUAGUUGCUCGGCUUGCACGACCUUACUGGAACCCGAGGGAACUCUCUCGCCAAAUCGCUCAGGGGCUAGCCUUUCUUCACCGUCAUGGUGUUGUGCACGGAGACUUCCACAUGGGAAAUAUUGGCGUGACCAUGCCGCAACUGGACGAGAUCACCGAGAAGGACCUCAUCGACCGCUUGGACCCGCCCGAAUGCACAAUAGUUUUCCCUCGUCAGACGCCUGCAUCGCCAAAAUCCUUGCCUCCGUACAUUGUCCCACCGACGGAUAUCUCCGAACUCCUCCCGAAGCCACCCGCCGAACUGCACGUUGAGCUACUCGAUUUAGGAAAUGCUACAAUUGUCGGAAGCAGCUCCGCACCUCCUGCCUGUACGCCUGCGGCGGUAUGUGCGCCAGAGAUCAUGUUUGAACAAGUCACUACAUCGGUCGUGACCCAACCUGCUACAACCGCGAGCGACAUCUGGGCACUGGCUUGCGUGAUGCACCAAAUCGUCUUUGGCCCAGAGCUGUUCCACAGGGCAUGUUGCAACGACUACCUCCUGAAAAGGAUGGCGGCCGUCUGUGGCCAAGUCCCGCCGUCGUGGCGCAGCUUUUGGGACUCGAACGAAGAACUCUGCAAACUGGAUAUUUCCCAGGAAGCGGCCGACCAGGCGUGGCAGAUAAAGAUAGAUAGUUUUCUACGUUCGAGAGCGGGUAGCGCAAUUGGUAAAGAAGACUUUGGUAACUUUUACGACCUUUUACGGAGGAUGCUCAAGAUAGAUCCAAGUGAUUGA